GAGAGAGAGCGAGAGCGAGAGAGCGAGAGAGAGAGAGAGAGAGAGAGAGAGAGAGAGACCAUGAUGAUAGGGUUUUGACACAGGAGCUGUGCUGACUGAGAAUGGCACCGUGAGAAAAGCUAAAAGAAGGGUUGACGAGAUCACAGAAGCCACGGGGAGGGAGAAUAACGGGCAGACGGAGAGAGCGAUGGGAGGCGGAGGGAAACAGACGCAGCCGGAAUCGAGCUGUGGGCGCGGAAGCGGCGUUUUCACCUGGGAAGAGGUUCAGCGGCAUUCCCACAGGGGGGACCAGUGGUUGGUAAUCGACCGAAAGGUGUACAACAUCACCGACUGGGCGAAAAGGCAUCCGGGCGGCAUCCGAGUGAUCAGCCACUAUGCUGGGGAGGACGCCACGGAUGCUUUUGCCGCGUUCCAUCCAGAGCCCAACUUUGUGUGCAAGUUUCUAAAGCCGCUGCUGAUCGGUGAGCUGGCCCCCUCUGAGCCCAACCAGGACAGGGACAAAAAUGCUGUGCUGACACAGGCCUUCCGUGACCUCCGUGAGCAGGUAGAGAGGCAGGGCUUAUUCAGGACUCAGCCCCUGUUCUUCUGCCUCCACCUGGGGCACAUUCUCCUGCUGGAGGCCCUGGCUCUCCUGCUGGUCUGGGUCUAUGGAACAGGCUGGCCCCAGACCCUGCUGUGUGCAGUUAUUCUGGCCACUUCACAGGCUCAGGCCGGAUGGCUUCAGCAUGACUUCGGCCAUCUUUCUGUCUUCAAGAAGUCCCGCUGGAACCACCUGCUGCACAAAUUUGUCAUCGGACACCUUAAGGGUGCAUCGGCUAAUUGGUGGAACCAUCGGCACUUCCAGCACCAUGCAAAACCCAACAUCUUCAGCAAAGACCCCGAUGUCAACAUGCUCCACACCUUUGUGCUGGGAAAGACCCAGCCAGUGGAGUACGGGAUAAAGAAGCUGAAGUACCUUCCGUACCAGCACCAGCAUCAGUACUUCUUCCUGAUUGGGCCUCCAAUGCUUAUCCCAGUGUAUUUCCACAUCCAGAUAAUGCACACCAUGUUCUCACGACGUGAUUGGGUGGACCUGGCCUGGUCCAUGACCUACUACCUGCGCUACUUGUUCUGCUACCUGCCGUUUUUCGGGCUCUUUGGCUCUGUGGCGCUCAUCAGCUUUGUGAGGUUUCUGGAGAGCCACUGGUUUGUGUGGGUGACCCAAAUGAACCACAUUCCCAUGGACAUUGACCAUGAGAAGCACCAGGAUUGGCUGACCAUGCAGCUGAAGGCCACCUGCAACAUUGAGCAGUCCUUAUUCAAUGACUGGUUCAGUGGACACCUCAACUUCCAGAUCGAACACCAUCUGUUUCCCACAAUGCCUCGGCACAACUACAACCUGGCAGCCCCCUUGGUGCGCAGGGUAUGUGAGAAGCAUGGCGUUCCCUACCAAGUGAAGACUCUGGGCGCUGGCUUCAGGGAUGUGGUGGGCUCUCUCCGUGAGUCUGGAGAGCUGUGGCUGGAUGCAUAUCUGCACAAGUAGCCUGCCCCCUGGAGGUCACGUGUGCACCUUUAUUUUCUUCUUCAGUUUUAUCUCUAUCCAAUCAUCACCCACCUUUUCACAUCUCCUCCAAUCACAUCAAAGUAUCUAUGUAACUGGACAAGACUGUAAUGUCAUACGUGUCAUAUCAGACGUGCAACACUAUGGCGAGGCUAGACAUUCCAGAAGUGUGUCUUAUUGGGACCACAACAAUAGGAGCAGUUCACACUUUUUAUACCAGGGCUACCUUAAAAUGGUUUUUACUUAUUUUAAAAACAAGUAUCAUUUAAAAAUCACAAUAAUGUUUGUACAAAAUGAUGUCUUUCCUAGACUUGGUCUAUGUCUACAUGUGAAAAUAGCAUCCUAGCUGUGAAAAUUAGUUUUUGAUGAAAAUGGUAGAAUUACAAGAAUACCUUUUAAACCUGUCAGAAACACAUGGUGAUAUUAGAAGACUUUGUGCUACUUAUAUGGUCUGCUAGCUGGCCAGUCGGCUGUCUCUUUGUUCAGUGUUCAUGCAUUGUGUUGUGUAAAGCAGCAACUUGCCAUAAUUCAUAAUUUAUCACAGAGAUUAGGGUCAAGAAAGCGAGCUAAUUUGAGAAAGUUAGACUAGCAAACUGAGUCCAUAAAGAGUGAGAUACCCCCUUCAUCCAAUAAGAAAAACCAGCUUAGUGUCCUCCAUCUUCCAGUUUCACUGCAUGCUGAAAUUAUAGCUGCCUCCUGCCCAAAAUGGCUGGCUCACAGAAGCCUGACACAUCAGACACAGGAAAUCAUUACAUAUCUGAUAAAUGUACAAUAUUGAACUACAUAGGUAAAAACCUAAAUUUUAAAGAAUAAGCUCACAGAAAUAAAAUAGACAAUCCAGUUUUUAAAGCCUAUAAAUGUUUAUAGCCUACCUCUCCUCUGUUACUGCACGUAUCAUUACAACUGAAUUGAGUGUGUGCUUUCUGGGUAUUGGUUUUGAAAUUUUGGAGUGUAACAAGGCUAAUUUUCAGGACAUAUUUUCCAACUGUGUGCAUAAUAAAUAACAUGGGUUUUCAACAA